GAGCUUUACUACUGGACCAACAAAGGGCUCGCAGAUGCGCGGCUGAAUUUCCACACUACUGAUGACGAUAGUUUAGUACCAACAACUGCCACAGAUGGCUCCACCACCUGGAUUGCUGCCAACGCUGCGUGUCCUGCCUCUGGUGUGAUCGCUGAUCAUCUCCUCGCUCCGCUCGACUUCUCUCAUGCCAUCCCUUGCUUCAUUGCCUCUUUACAACAACGUGGCUGGGACAGCUCACGCGUUCUUAUGUUGGCUAACUUCUUCGGUGCACUCAUGUCACACACCUAUUGGACGUCUGACAAUGCUCUUGAGCGGUGUGCUCUCCUUGCCUAUCAGGAGGAACAACGUCGGGCGUGGCAUCAAGCUAUUCCAUUGCCUGCUGGA